UCAUCUCUUUAUCGACAUGAAAAUGACUUCUGGUGACAUAGUCUUUACUCCACGUGUGCAGCAGGGCAUGGCGGGGUUGCUGAGGGCUCUCCGGACCCUGAGUCCCCGGACACUGUUCCCGGCCCCGGUGGAGUGCGUCCUAUCUCCGGUCAGGACGCUGCAGCUGUGCUCCUCCUUAUGUGCCGGACACAACAAGUGGUCGAAGGUGAAACACAUUAAGGGGCCUAAAGAUGAAGCGAGGGGCAGGAUAUUCAUGAAGUUCGCUAUGAUGAUAAAGAUAGCCGUGAAAGAUGGUGGCUCCAACCCAGACCUGAAUUUAAACUUAGCCCACAUAAUGGAGCAGUGCAGAAACAAGAACAUGCCUAAAGCAGCUGUAGAAGCUGCAAUCAAGACUGCGGAAAAGGCUAAACCAGCGUCCCAGUACAUGUUUGAAGUUCGGGGGCCCGGUGGGUGUCUGCUGCUCAUCGAGGUCCUCACUGACAGCCACUCACGUAUCCAACAGGAUAUGAAACGCCUGCUGAACAAGUACAGAGGGAUGCUGUCAGACGGAGCCCGCCACAACUUCAACAGGAGGGUGGUUUUGGUUCCAGGCCAGAAUGUCUCGACAGAGAGAUCUCUGGAGCUGGCCAUCGAGGCGGGAGCCGAAGAUGUCCAAGAGACCGAGGAUGAGGAGGAGCAGCCUCUUCUUAAGUUUAUUUGUGACAUAGCCGAAGUGAGGAAGGUGCGGGCCUCGCUGGAAGAGCUGGGAAUGCAGAUUACGUCCGCUGGGUUGGAGUUUGUUCCCCGCGCCCUCUGUUCUCUGGACCAGGACCACCUGGAAGCUGCUUCAACGCUAAUAGAAGCCCUCAAUGACUGUCAAGACGUAGUUCGAGUCUGGGACAACAUCCAGGCAGACAGCUGAGCACGCCUCCUGGACACUUGGUGGACACUGAUUAUAUCUCACAUGUGGGAGAUUUGAUUUCACAGAGAAAGGAUACAUGCACUACCUGUCAACACCUCAUACUGCUUUCCAUUAUUAGUAUGAAAAAUAAGAGUGAAUUGGCCGUUUCAACGCUUUCUUUGUGGGACUUGGGAGUGAAAUGUAAUUGUGGUCCUUGUUAAGAAGUGGUAUUUCUUGAAUAUUUUCUAUUGUCAGCGUGCAUUUACAAGAAGUUCAUUAACAGCAGGCUUCGAGCAAACGGGAAAUAAACUCCCACCAGUGCAUUCAGGAUUUUCAUUUCAAGUUUACAAGAUUGCCUCUUCAGAUAAAGCAGAGUGAAAUAACAUGCACAUUUUGCUAGAUGCUGUAAAAACAAAGUUUCCCAAGUAGGUCUUUAAAGUCUGUAAAUAAAGUAUUAAGACGACGUCCCUUUUUAUUUGCUAAUCAUUCAUUGGAUCCCUGAGAAAUGAAGAUGUUUCAUCAAAGUGUAAUUUCACUUUUAUUGUUUGAGGAAGGAAGCAAUUUUAAUAUAUUAACAAGGAUCAAUUUCAAAAAACACCCUCAAUAAAAGGUCC